AUGGCAGACCCUUGCUUAUUCCACGCUACACUAUUUAGUGCAGCUGCAUCCAUUGAUAUACUAAUGGGCCGCAAAGCUACUGCAGUUACAUUGUAUCAUCAAACCUCGACGAUUGGAAUGUUGAGUGAACGUCUAAACCAAGAAUUCCCGUUAUUGACUUAUGGUACUCUGGGGUCGGUUCUCCCGUUGAUCUUUUAUAAUAUGCUCCUCUCGACGCCGAAGCCCCUGAUUGACGAAAUGGGACCUCUGAUAGGAGUCAUCAAGAUGUAUGUUUUGCCUAGCUAUAUCACCCUCUCGCAAUCAGCUGCUUACCGAGGGUAUAGGACAAUGCUUUCUUAUUCAUGUGUAUUCGACACACCUCCAGUUUGGGAUUGCUUGCAUGCCGAGUUCGGUCGUAGCAACAGUAUUCUUCGGAGCCUUGUGUCCAGCAGCACCUUUUGUAUCGGGGGAUUACUGUUCGAGAAAGAGACAAUUGAGUCAGUACUGGACGUGUAUGAAGCGUUCUCGAAGUUGGACCAACUAUCCAACGCCAGUGCUGCUACUAUAACCACGCAACUGGUGCAGGCUAUCACUCCAACAAACGACAACCUCUCUUAUUCCGAGGAAUCAAAAGACCUAUCCAUGGAUAAUGCCAGCAGGAUGAAUGCUUGUUGUCGACUCUCUUGCCUGAUCUUCUGGGAGCUGCUACAAUGUCGCUCACAAACAAUGACAAAUAUACUCAUUAUUAACGAAAGAGCGAAGCUGCUUAAAGAAUCAAUGGCCAAGAUUAGCUAUUCAUUCUGGAUCCGGAAAGCUCCUGAAGCUUUUACCUGGAUUACAUUUACUGGAGCAGCGGGAUGUAUUGAUGCCAAUGACCGUGGAACAUUCAUUCACCGUGCUAGCACUAUCCUAACAGCUGUUGAUAACGAAAACCUUACACUCAUGACACAAGGGUGGAAGUAUUUCUGUCUGUUGAGAAGAAUCAGCGGACUUUGUCGAUCGUCUGCCGACUCUAUCUAUGGAGUGGAUUAA